AUGUAUCGAUUCUGUUUCUUCCUAACAACGACUACUGACUUCCAAGGAUCGUUUUUCGGUACCGGAAGUUACUUUCUAAACCACAUUAUCCAUUCUUGGUCGAUGGUAGCAAUCAAUCUAUUUUCAUCAUACACUCCGUCGCAACGAUGGACUGAUUACCUAUUUCUCUCUCUCCUCUCUCUUUGUCCCUUUCUCUCUCUCUAUCCAUCUAUUUUUAUCUAUCUCUCUCUAUAUCUGUUUGUCUCCCUCCCUUCUCUGUUUCUAUCUAUCUAUCUAUCUAUCUAUCUAUCUAUCUAUCUAUCUAUGUAUAUUUACCUAUAUCUGUCUAUCACACUCCCCUCUCUCUUUAUCUAUCUAUCUAUCUAUCUAUCUAUCUAUCUAUCUAUCUAUCUAUCUAUCUAUCUAUCUCUAAUUAUCUAUAUCUAUCUAUCUCCCUUCUCUCUUUGUCUCUCUCUAUAUAUAUCUAUCUAUCUAUCUGUCUAUUUUAUCUAUCUCUAUCAAGCUUGUUAUCUAACUAGCUAUCUCUAUCUAUCUAUCUAUCUAUCUAUCUAUCUAUCUAUCUAUCUAUCUAUCUAUCCCAGCCUAUUUAUAAUUUAUCUAUCUUUCAUAUUUCACAUUUUUAUUUAUCCGUUUAUAUUUUCCUGCAUCGAUCGUUUUCUAUUCAUUCGAUAG